UCCGCGGCCGCCGCCCGACGCCCCUCGGCCGCGAUCCUCGCACGUACCUGUGUGGGAGGGUCCGCGCUCCCCGCCCCGCCAGGCCGCCCGGCCGCCGGCGGUGCCCCCUCGCAGGGAAUGGUUUGUCCCGGCUCCCCGCCGUAACCUCCCGCUCCUCCUCCCGCCCGUGCCCGGCGCGGAUGCUGCCGCCCGGGAUCGCCCCGCCCGGGAUCGCGCCGCCCGUGAGGCGCAGCACGCGCCGCCCGCCAGCACCGGAGCGCUGCAGGACCGCCCGCCCGCGCCCCGGCAGAAAAAUGCCCCUAUUCUAGAUUUCUGAUGGUUUGGAUACAUUCCACAUAUUUCCAAAGGGUUCUGCCCAGCACUUUGGGAGUGUUAGAAGAGGCCAGGAGAUCAAGCCUGUCAGCAGUUAUUAGGUAUCUAACCAUUCCAGAACUAAUAUUUUCUACAACCGGAGACUGAAAUGGCAUGACUGGAGUUUUAAGUAAUUUGGCUUUGACAGUUUCACCAUUUACUGAAAAGCUGGAACAGAUUUUGAACUCUAUUUCUGCACUAUCCUAGGUUAUAAUGCCAUCCUUUCCUAAUGAAGGAGAUAACCAUGGAACUACUCCUCUGACUUUGAGUUCGGAACUACCCUAUCAGAGCACAAUUAAAAGAAAAGUCAGAAAGAAGAAGAAGAAGAAUGGAGUCAUCACUGCCAAUAUAGCUGGCACAAAAUAUGAAAUUGUGCGUGUAGUAAUACAAGAGAUGGGAUUUGUGAAAACGCGUGAUGAGGAUGAAACAGCAAAUCUGAUCUGGAGUGAUUGUGCUGUGCAGCAGGAGAAGAUUGCUGAGCUGCGGAACUAUCAGAGAAUUAACCAUUUUCCAGGAAUGGGAGAGAUAUGCAGAAAGGAUUUCCUGGCAAGAAACAUGACUAAAAUGAUCAAGAGCCAGCCUCAGGAGUACAGUUUCAUUCCUCGAACAUGGAUCUUCCCUGCAGAAUACACACAGUUUCAGAACUAUGUAAAAGAAUUGAAGAAGAAACGUAGACAGAAAACCUUCAUAGUCAAACCAGCUAAUGGUGCAAUGGGGCAUGGGAUCUCUUUAAUAAGAAAUGGAGAAAAGUUACAAGCUCAGGAUCACUUAAUUGUUCAGGAAUAUCUUGACAAACCAUUUCUUAUGGAAGGCUACAAGUUUGAUUUACGUGUGUAUAUUCUUGUAACCUCCUGUGAUCCAUUGAAAAUAUUUUUAUAUCAUGAUGGACUGGUGAGAAUGGGCACGGAAAAGUAUCAUCCCCCCAGUGACUCAAAUUUGAGUCAAUUGUAUAUGCAUCUGACUAACUACUCUGUCAAUAAACAUAAUGAACACUUUGAACGGGAUGAAACAGAAGACAAAGGAAGCAAACGCUCCAUAAAAUGGUUUACUGAGUUUCUAGAAACAAAUAAUCUCGAUGUCUCCAAAUUCUGGAGUGAUAUUUCAGAGUUGGUGGUGAAGACUCUGAUAGUUGCAGAGCCGCAUGUUCUUCACGCUUACCGUAUGUGCAGGCCAGGGCAAGCACCAGGAAGUGACAGCGUCUGCUUUGAAGUCCUGGGAUUUGAUAUUCUGCUGGACAGAAAACUAAAACCAUGGCUCCUAGAGAUUAAUCGUGCCCCAAGCUUUGGAACGGAUCAAAAAAUAGACUAUGAUGUAAAAAAAGGUGUUCUGCUAAAUGCAUUAAAGCUUCUCAACAUACGGACAAGUGAUAAAAGGAAAAAUUUAGCCCAACAGAAGGCUGAGGCUCAAAAAAGACUGUAUGGUCAGGGGCCUGUGAAAAAACUGUUGCCAGGUUCCUCAGACUGGGAGAGGCAGCGCCACACACUGGAAAGGAGGAAACAAGAACUGAAGGAAAGACUUGCACAAGUACGUAAACAGAUUUCCAAAGAGGAGCAUGAAAAUAGACACAUGGGGAACUACAGGCGAAUUUACCCUCCUGAUGAUAAGACAUUACUUGAAAAGUAUGAGAGUUUGUUAGCCACUGCUUUCCAGACAUUUCUUGCUGGAAGAGCAGCUUCACUUCAGCGGGAAAUGAAUAACCCCUUAAAAAGAAUGAAGGAGGAGGACAUUUUGGAUCUUCUGGAGCAGUGUGAAAUAGAUGAUGAAAAGCUAACGGGAAAAUGCACCAGGCAGCGAGGACCUAAGCCCUUGUGUUCAAUGCCAGAAAGUGCACAUUCCUUAAGGAAACCUAAGAACCACAGCAGUGACAGUAGCUGUGAUAGUGACAGCAGUGUGUCAGAAUCAGGAGAAGAAACGGAAAAGGAAGAUCACAAUGAAAAAAAAGAGAAAAAAGUUUCAUAUGAUCUUGAAGAAAAUAAAUACAAAUCCUUGGAACGAUCAGGUAGAAUGAACUGCAAACCUUCAAAUAAAAAUGUAAAGUCUCCAUCAUCUUCGUCCCCCACCCAAUCCACAGGUCCAAUAAGGCGUUCUGUGAGCUGCCCUCGUUCCAUAUCAGUCCUCACUAUGCAGUCCCAGGGAGCUGAGCAGCGCCCCUUUUCAGCCAAAGCCUCUCUCCAAAUGCAGCGAACAGCCUCAGUGAACAGGUCUCACUCUUUAAGUCGUAGCCCAUCUUCAGCCAGAUUCUCUCACACAGCCGCCUUGGGAACAAUGAACUCUUCAGGGAGUGAGUCUUUGCUGCAACAGAAAACAAAAGAGCAAGAAGUUGCUUUGACAAAAGAGACUCUUCUCCUUAUCAAUGACUUGAGAAUAAAGUUCCCAGGAAAAACAAAUGAAGAAUCUGAAUUAAUUAUAGAAGAUAUUAUGGAUAACUGGAAAUAUCAUAAAACAAAAGUGUCAUCCUUUUGGUUGGUAAAACUGGAUUCAGCAAAGCAACGAAAAGUUUUGGAUAUAGUCAGGACAAGUGUCCGUGCAGUUCUACAGCAUGUCUGGAAAGCUCCAGACAUUGAAAAUUUACAUCUCUACCGUCUUUUUAACCGUGUAUUUAAUCGCUUACUCUGGAGCCAUGGUCAAGGCCUAUGGAACUGUUUCUGUAGUUCAGGGAGCUCUUGGGAAACUAUAUUCAGUAAAGGCUCAGAGGCGGUGACUCCGGAGCAGCUCCAGUGUUGCCAGCGAAUAGUACAGCUUUGUAAACACUGCCUGCUGGUAGUUUACAAACAUUCAUCAGAUUCAAGAGGAUCCCCAACUGGGAUGAGCCACCACUGGGAUGAUACAAGGUAUUUAUUGCCAAGACCUUCACUGUUCAUCCUGAAAUCAUCCUCAUCCAAACCUAGCUGCAGUCCCUCUGGAACGCCUCGCCCUAACAUUUUGUUCACACACAGAUACAGUCACUUGUGAAGUAAAAGGAGAUGGCUGAUUGUAAAUAAUAGCACUCAAUUUCUUUUUUUUAACUUGUGAUGGAGCUAAACAUAAGCACUGUUAUAUAUUUCCUACCAUCAUAUUAUAAUAAAAUUUAGCUGAAAGCCUACUGUAAAAGCAUAGCUUUUCUGGGAACAUAAUAAACCUUGUUGUUUACACACACGUGAAUGUGUAGAUCUUGCUAGGUUUAUAAGUAACUCCUUCCUAUUAGAAAUGUUAUUUUUGCUGCAGAAUAUAUAAAAUGGAAUUGUUCUUGAAGAUUCUAUUACAGUAUUACAUUAUUUUGUAAGUACAAUACUUUGACUUGAAAAUUAUUUAUUGUAAACUAUAUUAUUUAUUGUCUCAAAUGUCCUUUAACAAAGCAGAUAACUAGAAAACUCUUGCAGAACAGUAACAGUUAUCAAAAAUAAUCUGAUCAGUUCUUGGAUAUGUUUAAAAUAAACCCCAAACUCUGUAAGCCAAACCUAAAGCAGACAUAUUUUUAUUUGUCUUCUGAAAUGAGAUCUAUUUAAUACUGCUAUUUUUCUUAAAGGACAUGAUGUAGUAUCUUUUAGCCAAAGCGAAGGCAUCUAAUAAACAAACAGUAAAAUAUCAGUUUAGGCAUUCUAAUUGGAUUCUUGUAAUAAAAUGGAAGCCAAUGUUUGUUUCCAGGUUUUCAUUCACAUUACCUGUAUCCUGUGCCUUUAGGUUUCCUUUGGGAGCAAGCAGUCAUCCUCAGCUCCACACGCAUGCAUAGUGCAUAGUUUUUCUGUUACACUGCCUAAGUGGUAAAGCAGACAUUUUUAGGAAAUACUGCAGCUGUAAUGUAUUAUUUAAAACUUAAACUAAUUGGUUUGUUGUAGUUUUUAGCAUGCAAUCCAAUACCUACUGUAGAAUGUAUCUUUGCAAUGGACAGCAUUUUCUAGAUUGCUGACACCUUUAAAUGUUGGAAAUCUAAUUCAUUAGAAAGCUCUCAUUCAGAUCUAGAUUCCUGAGGCUGGCUGAACAGCACAAAACCAAAAUGAGCCAGAGCAGGAGCCUAGCAUUUACAGGAUUUGUAGCCUGAAAACAUCAUUCCAGGUUUGAUACAUACAGCCAUUCAUCCCACUCAGCAUUGUGCCAUGUGAGCCUUAUUCAUUAGAGAAAUAAUUAUUAAAGAAAUCAGUUACUCUAGAUUUAAAAAUAAUUAGGUUUUUUAUUUGAGUAAAGAACAGAAUAGUUAUUAUUCACCAAAGAUGCGUGUGCUUAUGAAUCAUUUAACCCUGAAGCGUGUUUGUAAAUUAUCAACGUAUUUCAGGUAUACUUUAAAAAUAAUUUGGGGGCUAAUUAUCCUCAGGAGCAAGUAUGUUAGUGUUUUUUGAUAUCCAGCAAUUUAAGAGACUUAAGAGAUUUGAGAUUGAAGUUGUAUGGAAAUUAUUUUUUAAGAAGUUUUAGUCAUAGGAUAUAUAAAAACUGGGAAUUUGAUUGAGAUUUUUGAUGCCUGUGCUGUAGUGCCUCAGCUCUAGAAUUGCAGAAUAUAUAACAAAAAUAUUUGUAAACAAAUAAAAAACCCUCUUGAGAUUACCAGAUCAAAGCCAUCUUUUGGUCUGGUAAAGCCUUUUUAAUUUUUGUGGUAAUACUAGUUCAGUAAUACAGUAUGUUCACAUUAAUUGUAUAUCUCUUUUGGUCCAUACAGUGACUAUUAAAGCAUACUCUGGUUAUCUGUAACACCUAAUAAAAGCUAUAAAUUUUCUCUUCUUGGA